AGUUUAAAUUUCGCUCUUAAUUUAUGGUCAUCGAUAUAACAAAGUACAGAUGCGCUCUGUAAAUAUUCUCACGGUCGUGUCGCCAUACUACACUGACUAUAUUCAGGAUGGUAACAAGUACGCUCGCGUUACAUAAGCAAUUUUUAUAAUCGAAUCACAGUUUAUCAAAGUAUAGUCUUGUGAUUGAUCUAGAUUUACUAGGUACUAAAUUUUCGUUGCCUAAAAUUACGAAUCAGACUGCCAAUAAUUUAUAUCAAAAUGAACGAGGAGACAAUUAUUGAUUUUACUACUUUAGAACCAAAUAUUCAAACUUUGAUAAAGAAGAGUAUAGCAGCCCGUGAGUACUCUUAUUCACCUUACAGUAAAUUUAAAGUUGGAGCUGCAAUACUUUGCGUCGAUGGAACUAUUUUCACAGGAUGCAAUGUAGAGAAUGCAUCCUAUCCUGUUGGAACAUGUGCUGAAAGAACUGCUAUUGUAAAAGCAGUAUCAGAAGGGAAACGAAAAUUUAAAGCAUUGGCAGUAGCUGCAGACAAAGAAAAGAAUGAUUUUGUUACCCCAUGUGGCUUUUGUAGACAGGCCAUUGCAGAGUUUGGAGAUAUAAUAAUUUACUUGACUGGACCUGACACCACAAGUGUUCUAAAAACUACGAUAUGUAAACUAUUACCCCAUGCCUUUGGUCUUGGAAAUACAGAAAUAUUGGAAUAAAUAUUUCUAAAGUAUUUUUUUGUAGAAAGCAACGAAAGUGAAAUGAAUUUAUUUGUAUUAACUUCUUUACUAUUAUAUUGUAAUAUCUCACAGUAAAAAUGUGAGGAUUUAUUUGAUAUACCAGUAUAGAGUGAUUUCAAUGAUCUUUUAAUGUAUUGUUAGGUGCAUAAUUUUUAAUAACUUUCUCCUUGCACAUAAUGCGCGGACGGUCGUAAGUUUUGAGAUUCUCUCAAAAAACUGUCGAUACCCCUAGCUGUAAUGUCUUGUAUGUUACUUCUGGUUUCCGUCCAAAUAUUAAAACAUCAUUGAAAUCGGUCUGUGUAGGCAUAUGAAAUACUAGCCAUUUGUAUAAUGUAUUAUAUAAACUAAUCGAUACUGAUAUAAGAUCGAUGCAAUUACAAUGACUAAGAUAUCGUGUACAAGUUUCAAUAAAUACAAAGACAUUCCUUAAAAAAAAAUAUUGUUACCAUAAUCUUAUUCCUGAGCAGUUUUCUGGUGUUUACAUAAAUAAUACAUAAGUAAUUAUUACGAGGCUUCUGAAGCGUGAUUUCUAAUGUACAUUAUACCUGAUAAGUGAGAAUAACACGAAUAUUAUAUACAAUCAAUGUAAUAAUGUAGCUUAUUUAUGUACAAUAUGCUCUAAUAUUAUGGUGUUACAUAUAGUCAUUCCUUAAUAAUAAAAAAUGCAAAAACAGGAACGAGACUGCAUAUGAUACAUAUC